CCCAGUUCUGCCACGUCGGCGAAUUUUUCUACAGAAAAUUGCGAAAAUCUCACUGAUAUCGAUGAAAUUCAAAAAGCUUUGGACAGUCUUUGCAAAGAAGAGGAAAAUGUAAAUGAUGAACUUUCGAACUUGCUUGACCACCAGGUGGUUCUGGCAUCAAAGAUGGUAUCUCUUCAUAAAAUGCUACCUAACUUGCAGCUUAUCCACAAUGAUUCCAAACAAGUUUCAAGCAUGAUAUCCUUCACUUCCACGCUGGCUGAAAAUGUCAGUUCUAAAGUACGGAAACUGGAUGUUGCAAAGAGUCAUGUUACCAGUGCUAUGCAGACAGUUGAAGAUAUCCUUGAUCUGAAGUUCUGUACUGAUGGCGUGCAGACGGCUCUUCAGAAUGAAGAUUACGAACAAGCUGCAGCGCAUGUCCAUCGGUUCCUCUCUCUCGAUGAGAAUAUCCUCAGAAUGGCAUCUGAUGCUAGCGAAGGUGGCCAGCUAGACACAUCUUUCAAACUUCUGCACGAGGCACAGGCUCGACUGAAGACGAUCGUCCACAAGCAGUUCGAUGCGUCGGUACAUUCAGGAGACGUGGCAUCCGUAGAGAGAUUCUUUAAGAUCUUCCCGCUUCUUAACUUACAUGAUGAUGGUUUAAGCAAGUUUUCGAAAUAUCUCUGCUCACAGAUCUCAGACACAGCGGACAAGAACCUGACGCAGGCCCUAAGCCAGGGCAACAACAGGAGGUCCAAUGUGUUGUAUGCGGACGCCAUCACCUUGCUCUUCGAGGGGAUUGCCAGGGUGGUCGAAACACACCAACCACUAGUCGAAACGUUUUAUGGUCCAGGACGAAUAAUCACGAUGAUGCAAUAUAUACAGAAAGAAUGUGACAGACAGACGAGGAAAAUCGUUGAGGCUUUUAAGAAGAAUAGAGACUUUGACAGGAAGGUUCAACAAGUUCAGAUGGGGCUGUACCAUAGAGGGCCUUCAGAAAAAGUUGACCCGAAAGAGUUGGACGUCCUCCUGGCUGAAGUGACUCUGCUUAACACCCGGUCUGAGCUCUAUCUGAGAUUUGUCAAGCGAAGAGUUGUGGCCGACAUGGAAAUUGCUAACACAGAUGAGGAAACUAGACAAGCAAAGAUGAUAGAAACGGAGAAAUUUCUUCAGAAUUGCGAGCUGAGUCGUUUGAUGCAAGAGUUGAUCGGCAGCUAUAUUAUGAUGGAAGAGUACUUCAUGAAGGAGAUGGUUAACAAGGCUGUACAGAUGGAUAAUGUCGACGAUGGGCAGUUGACGUCAAGUAUGGUCGAUGAUGCAUUCUUUAUCGUCAAGAAGUGUGUUCGACGAGCCAUGUCCAGUUCCAGUGUUGAUGGCGUCUGUGCAAUGCUGAACCACUCCAGUGCGAUCCUAGAACAAGACUUCCUCGAGGUCCUCUACUCACGGUUACGAUCCGGUUUCCCAUCCGGUUUCGACUUCAGUCAGGCAUACAACCUGGUCCAAUCGAGCAUACAACAGGGCAAGCUUCAGACUCAGAGUUCUGACACCGAGAAGGCCAAGGCGACCUUUCUAGUGACCUUGAACAAUGCAGCAGUCACCUCAGAGUUUAUACAGACGCUAAAGACAAAUUUAGAGGGUGAAAUCAACAAGCUUUAUGGCGGGGUGAAUGAACAAAGUAAAGCCAAGUUGACAAGUUGCCUGACAGACCUAGGCUUUAUCUCCAAUAAGUUAAAAGACGUGACCAACUUUGGUUUUGACCAGCUGACCAACAGUGCCAUAAAGCCUCGCAUCAAACCAUGGGUUGAUGCAUUCUCUUCGACAAGUCAUAACAUAUCCGAAGAAGAAUUCUCAAAUUAUGAAGCCAACGAUCCAUGGGUACAGAACUUUAUUGUCAAUCUGGAUAACCUUCUCAUGACCUUCAAGAGCUCAGUCAACUCCAGUAACUACGAUGUAUUAGUCAGCUAUAUUUCUAAUGAGAUUACUACAAGACUGGAGAAAGCUGUCAUAAAAACUGUGUUCAAUAGACUGGGAGGCUUACAAUUUGACAAGGAGCUUCGGUCGUUAGUUGGCUAUCUCACCUCCGUAACAACCUGGACGAUCAGAGAUAAAUUUGCCCGUCUCACUCAGAUGGCCACGAUAUUAAACCUGGAAAGAGUAACUGAGAUCUUAGACUACUGGGGACCGAAUUCUGGCCCGUUAACGUGGAGGCUAACUCCGGCUGAAGUACGACAAGUGUUAGGAUUGAGAAAUGACUUUCGAAACGAAGACAUUAAGCGUUUAAAGUUAUGAGGAGGAACGAUCAACUUUUCAACUGUGAUAUUAAAAUGUGCUAUGUAUUUAGUGCAUUCUGCUCUUCAUUCCAACUUCACGCCACCUUUUAACUGUAGCAGUAAACACCAUUGCCUGGAUGGAACACUCACAAUUACAUGGAUAGAGGCGUGAGAGUUAAUCGGCAUCUCUUUCUGAAAAACACUGAAAAGACUUUCACAUGUUGAUAUGUAGUGUGCUUAUAUUAGUUGGAACUUCGUCUAAUGCAAUUAGAAGAGACAAAUUGGGAAUGAUGGAUUCUGUGAAUUUAUUUAAGUGUAAAUUGUGUAAAUUUGGUGUACUGCUAUGUAAAUAUUGUUGAACUUGUAUCAA